ACUCGUCUGACACCGGCUCCGGCCGCCCAGCGACCUUCCUCCCGGCCUCGGACGCCCACUGCGCAGGCCCGCAGGUGCCGCCGCGCUCCCACCCAGCAUGGGGCUGCCUCGCCGGGCUGGGGACGCUGCGGAGCUGCGCAAGACCCUGAAGCCGCUUCUGGAGAAGCGCCGACGUGCGCGCAUCAACGAGAGCCUCAGCCAGCUCAAGGGGCUCAUCCUGCCGCUGCUGGGCAGGGAGAACUCCCGCUACUCGAAGCUGGAGAAGGCGGACAUCCUGGAAAUGACCGUGCGCUUCCUGCAGGAGCUCCCUGCGUCUUCCCGCCCCGCGGCAGCGCCCACGCCCUCCGACAGCUACCGCGACGGCUACAGCGCCUGCGUGGCGAGCCUGGCCUGCGUGCUGCCCGCCUGCCGCGUCCUGGAGCCCGCCGUGACUGUGCGCCUGCUGGAGCACCUGCGACGGAGAGCGGCGGGCACCACCCCCGACUGCCGGCGCGCAGGGGACUCCGGGGGCCCGCCCUCGCCCGCCCGGCCGCCCACGCCCCCACCCGCGUCCUCACCGCCUGCGCCUCUCUGCGGCCCGGGCCUCUGGCGGCCGUGGUAG